GGGCGGGGCGUGGGCGGGGCCCGGCCCGGUUAAGAGGAGCGUGGCGGGCCGCGGCCACCGAGGGCCCCGGGGAGAGCCGACCAGCCGCCAGCCGGGCGGAGACACACCGAGCUUCAGCUGAGCAAGCAGCACCCGGGCGCACGCGGGCACCAUGGCCCAGACACCCGCCUUCGACAAGCCCAAAGUGGAACUGCACGUCCACCUAGAUGGAGCCAUCAAACCCGAAACCAUCUUAUACUAUGGCAGAAAGAGGGGGAUCCCGCUUCCAGCCAACACGGCGGAGGAGCUGCAGAACAUCAUCGGCAUGGACAAGCCGCUCACCCUCCCGGGCUUCCUGGCCAAGUUCGACUACUACAUGCCGGCUGUCGCGGGCUCCCGGGAGGCCAUCAAAAGGAUUGCCUACGAGUUUGUGGAGAUGAAGGCCAAGGAGGGCGUGGUGUAUGUGGAGGUGCGCUACAGCCCGCACCUGCUGGCCAACUCCAAGGUGGAGCCUAUCCCCUGGAACCAGGCCGAAGGGGACCUCACCCCGGACGAGGUGGUGGCCCUAGUGGGCCAGGGCCUGCAGGAAGGGGAGCGAGACUUCGGGGUCAAGGCGCGGUCCAUCCUGUGCUGCAUGCGCCACCAGCCCAACUGGUCCCUCGAGGUGGCGGAGCUGUGCAAGAAGUACCGGCAGCACACCGUGGUGGCCAUCGACCUGGCGGGAGACGAGACCCUCCAAGGAAGCAGCCUGUAUCCCGGCCACGUGCAGGCCUACGAGGAGGCCGUGAGGAGCGGCAUUCACCGCACCGUCCACGCCGGAGAGGUGGGCUCGGCUGAAGUGGUGAAAGAGGUGAGGAGCUGGGCUGGCCUCGGGGCCUCCUUGCCCGCCUCCCCCCUGCCCCACACUUGGCUCCACUCUGCUUCUCUGCAGGCUGUGGACGUGCUCAAGACAGAGCGGCUGGGACACGGCUACCACACCCUGGAAGACAAGGCUCUUUACGACAGGCUGCGGCAGGAAAACAUGCACUUUGAGGUCUGUCCCUGGUCCAGCUACCUCACUGGUGCCUGGAAGCCAGAAACGGAGCAUGCAGUCGUUCGGUUCAAAAAUGACCAGGCUAACUACUCGCUCAACACAGAUGACCCGCUCAUCUUCAAGUCCACCCUGAACACUGAUUACCAGAUGACCAAACAGGACAUGGGCUUUACUGAAGAGGAGUUUAAGAGGCUGAACAUUAAUGCAGCAAAGUCCAGCUUCCUCCCAGAAGAUGAGAAGACAGAACUUGUCAACCUGCUCUAUAAAGCCUAUGGGAUGCCACCUUCAGCUGCUGCAGCAGAGAGGCAGCACCCCUGAAGAUGCCAUGGCCACCUCUCCGAGCCCUUACCCUGUGGAGUCUUCGCAACUCUGUGGGGUCAAGCAACACUUGCAUUUAUUCCUUCCAAGAAGACUAUGAUUUCGAUAGUCAGCUACUACUGCUCUUGAAGCCCAUGUGCCUGUUUCUGUACACACAUAUACCUCGGCAUGGCCACAUCUCUCCUCUGAUUAUGUGCCCUUCUCAGGGACCAGGGCCCAUGCUGGAGGGCGUGGCUGAAUCUGAAACCCUCCUUCUAUGGCAACUUGUACUGAAAAUGUGGUGCUUAAUAAAGAAGCCCAUGGCUGGUGUCAUGCA